UCCGGCGGCCGGCGCCCUUUGACCCCGGAAGUGGGCGGUAGAGGAAGCAGCUGGUGAUGUUGGAACAAACAUGGCGGCCCCUGCGCCUGUCGGCCCCUCGGGCCCCCGGUGUCCUCGCCUGGUCGCGGGCCUCCGGCUGUUCCUAUUGCUGGGGCUGCUGCAGAUGCUGGCCGAGCCCGGCCUGGGCCGCGUCCACCACCUGGCGCUCAAGGACGAUGUGAGGCAUAAGGUUCACCUGAACACCUUUGGAUUCUUCAAGGACGGGUACAUGAAGGUUAACGUCAGCAGCCUCUCGGUGAAGGAGCCUGAGGGAGUCACACACAAGGACCCGACUAUUGGAUUCAGUCUGGACCGUACAAAGAAUGAUGGAUUUUCUUCCUAUCUGGAUGAAGAUGUGCAUUACUGUAUUUUAAGGCAACAGGUUGUCUCUGUCACCCUUCUAAUCCUAGACAUCUCCAGAAGUGAAGUGAAAAUAAGAUCUCCUCCAGAAGUUGGUACCCAGUUACCAGAGAUCAUCUUCAGCAAGGAUGAGAAAGCCCUUGGGCAGAGCCAGGAGGCUGGUGGCGACCCUGUUUCACCUGGCAGCCAGACUGAGAAAAAACAAGAGAGCGGAAAGCCUAAAAGAAGCACGGUGGACUCACAGGCAAUGGAAGAGAAAUCCUUUCCUAUUCAUAAUAAUAAUGGGGCAGUUUCCUUUCAGUUUUUCUUUAACAUCGGCACCGAUGACCAAGAAGGCCUGUACAGUCUUUAUUUUCACAAAUGCCUUGGAAAUAAAAUGUGGUCUAACGACAAGUUUUCGUUCAGCCUUGAUAUUGAGAUCACAGAGAAGAACCCUGACAGCUACCUCUCCGCAGGGGAAAUCCCUCUCCCUAAAUUAUACAUUUCCAUGGCCUUUUUCUUUUUCCUUUCUGGGACCGUCUGGAUUCACAUCCUUCGAAAACGACGGAAUGAUGUAUUUAAAAUUCACUGGCUGAUGGCGGCCCUUCCUUUCACCAAGUCUCUUUCUUUGGUGUUCCAUGCAAUCGACUACCACUACAUUUCCUCCCAGGGCUUUCCGAUCGAAGGCUGGGCUGUUGUCUACUACAUCACUCACCUCUUGAAAGGGGCCCUCCUGUUCAUCACCAUCGCACUCAUUGGCACUGGCUGGGCUUUCAUUAAGCACAUCCUUUCUGAUAAAGACAAGAAGAUCUUCAUGAUUGUCAUCCCGCUCCAGGUCUUGGCAAAUGUGGCCUACAUCAUCAUAGAGUCCACCGAGGAGGGGACGACUGAAUAUGGCUUGUGGAAGGAUUCUCUGUUUCUGGUUGACCUGCUGUGCUGUGGAGCCAUCCUGUUCCCGGUGGUGUGGUCCAUCAGGCAUUUACAAGAAGCAUCAGCAACAGAUGGAAAAGGACUGAGUCAUGAAGAGAAAAUCUUGUGUUGGAAGGGCCGCUGUCGCUUCACUGUGAGAACAGGAGCUGCUAUUAAUUUAGCAAAGCUGAAACUUUUCAGACAUUAUUACGUCUUGAUUGUAUGUUACAUAUACUUCACCAGGAUCAUCGCAUUUCUCCUCAAAUUCGCUGUUCCAUUCCAGUGGAAAUGGCUGUACCAGCUCCUGGAUGAAAUGGCCACGCUGGUGUUCUUCGUUCUCACGGGGUAUAAGUUCCGCCCAGCUUCAGAUAACCCCUACUUACAGCUUUCUCAGGAAGAAGACGACUUGGAAAUGGAAUCUGUCGUGACGACUUUAGGGGUGACAGAGAAUAUGAAGAAAGUGAAGAAGGUGACCAACGGCUCAGUGGAGCCUCAGGGCAACUGGGAAGGCUCCGCCUGACGGAGCGCCUCUGAGGCUGGCACCAUCAGAGAAAACGUUCAAUUGAUUCAAGUCCUGAGGGUGAGCAGGAGCAGUUGGCACCGCCCGACAGUGACACCACGGAGCACGUGGCUGGGAGCAGUGCCGCGGACGCCUCCUUUUUCACUCUCUUUUAUGGAAACUGGACCUGUGGCUGGUCAUAGGCAGCUGGCAUUCUCCUUCAGGUGGGAACGGUGGCGAGGGAGUGUAGCGAGGAGGAGGAUAACAGGGGAUUUGGUUUUAAUUUAUAUUUUUUUAAUUGGGAACUUUCAAGGUAUAUGCAGUGUGACCCCAAGUGUGUAGCAACAUCAGAAGGAAUGUUGGCAGCUGGGGGAGGAGGAUGGACGCUUGUGUCCGAUGCCAAUCACAGGGGCAUCUGUGUGUGACGUACAGAGAAGGGGAAGGGGGGAUAUCGCUGCAUCUUUUGGGGACAAAAACUAAUGAAAUUCGGUUCUUUUAGAAAGCAAAGUCAAAGCCUAAGUCAGUAUGUGGAGCCUGCCCCAGGACUCCUGGCCCUGAAUGUCACCCCACAUUCUGAAAGCGACCAGGAACCAACAGCUCUAGGACUCCCAUCAUUUUUCUAAAAGAGCUUUGUCAUCUGAGUGCUGUGACGUCACUGUCAAAAGUCCUGGCCCUGGGACACAGCACAGCCUCGCUGGUGGGAAAGGGUUUGCUUGAGCGAAGGGUAUUCCGUGUUGCCUGAUGGAUGGACAGAAGUGUAUUUUUAAGAUGAAAAAGCCUUCUCGUGUACGAUUCCCCUGCAUAUCUGGCUCCCCGCCUUCCCGGGGCAGCACGGUCUUGUUUGCCUCUUCUCGUGUCUUCUGUCUACUUUGUGUGAUUGGAAUAUGGGGGGACAUGGAAGGAAUUUUCCUUAAAAGAGCAGCCAGAGUCAGUAAAGGCAGCGUCGAAGCAAAUACGUAAGUCUAAGCAAAUCACCAUCAUGCAAAAGCCCUCCUGUAAGCCAGGUAGGAUUUCUCAGCAGGAAUUGAACAGACGUUGUCCCUCCAUCCCAGGAGCGUGUGUGUGGAGAAAAUGAGUGAUUGUACAGUUUUCCUCUCAGGGGUUGGAGGUGGGAAGUCUUUCACAGAAACCUAAUGAGGUUGCCUUGCAAACUUGCUGAGCUUGGGGGUGAACACGAGAGCUGCUUAAAGUGAACAGUAUUGCAACUGAGUAUUUUGAAUCAUGGAACUAAGCUCAGAAGGCCCAUUGUGACUGAGGCAGAGCAAGCUUCGUGGUAAUUUCCCACUGUGGCUCUGGUCGCCUGGGCCUGAGCCAGGAGACCGAAAUGUGGCCGCGUCAGCAAAACUCCCUAGUGCCGGGGUUGCUGGCUGGCUGGGUGGCUUCCAGUGCCUGGGGUAUCAGGGGCCUCCUGGGCAGGGACAGUGACAGUCUCUGGUGGUGGUUUUCUUACCUCUGGCUUGGAAGGGUCAGCCACAAACCACAAGGUUUGGGGGUGGCGCUUAAUAUCCCAGAUUUGGGGACCUGAAGUCUUCACUCCGAAGUGGUAGUUGUCCCUCUCCUGUGCCGUGUUCUCUUCCUGAGUGACCCGUGAGGAAGCGAGCGUUCUCUUGAUGCACUUUCUUUAGCUCUCUGUGCACUGCGCAGCCCGACCUGCACAGGCCUGGGCCUGGCGUCACGUGGGGUGGGGCAGGCAUGUUUCCAGCCACUGCUGCCCCCUCCGCGGGCAUUUUAGGGAAGGGUCCCCGUAUCUUCCAUCUCCAGGAGCACGGAAAUCCUUGCAAAGUACUAAUUAGGGACCUUUUUCUUUUUCUUUUUAAUUUGGAGACGGGAAGGGAGUUUCAGGGAGGAUGGGAAUUUUUUUAUUUUUUUAUUUUUUUAUUUUUUAGUUUCAGGUUAGGAAUGUUUUUAAGACUUUGUUUUCCUACGUAUAAACACUCCCAGCGUGCUCGCUUCGGCAGCACAUAUACUAAAAAUUGGAACACUCCCAGCACUUCAGAAGUGUGUCCUUGCCUGCCACGGUCACCCCCCCGUUUAGGGCCCUUCUGUCAGGGUGGCGCUUUUACUGUUGGGCCUGCAAGCAGAUAUUCUCGACUGGGGCGUAGACGUCUUAGCAAGAACUGCAGCAUAAUGAGACCUCCUAGAAAGGGUCUCCACGGAGGUGUCUGUCCUUUGUGCGUGUGCGCGGGAAGCAAGGAAGCGAGUGAGUGAAGGCGUGAGGGAGGACACGGGGAUGGGGACGGGGAUGAUGACGUGUGUGGGCUGGCGCUGCUCUCCAACCUGACCGCUCACCCCGAGCCGGGCGCCGCUCCUGCCCACUCUCCGAGCCCCAGCAGCCAGCACUGGGCUUCUCUGUGGGUCGGGACAGCUUCCAAUCCUGUGCCUCUAGACUCCCAGAGCGGCCGAGGGGCUGCACCUUUACAGGGCUGACCCUUCCGGAACAAAAAGGCCAGGAGAGGUGUGGAGGUGGUUUAGAAGCGAAGGCUGGCCAGGCCCCCGAACAAGCAGCUCGCCCCACCCCCCAUCCUGCUAGCAGAUAGGCAGGGAACCAGACUGGCGAUUAGGGAAAAUCAAAACCCCAGCCCAAGAGGGGCAAGGCAGGCGGUAGUUCAGGUUUUUACAGAAUUAGUCAAGCUCUCUAUCCUGUUCUGUGGAAAUGUCUUCUUCUGUGUCGCUUUGUAGCUGUGACUAGCAUUCGGCUGGACUCUUGAGUCAGGAUGACUGACCCGAGGCCAGAGCCCCAUCAUGUCACCAGCUCACAGCCCCGUUCCUGCAGCCCCUGGGGCGCAGGGCGAUGCGGUUUCUGAAGGGUUAAGCCCUUUCAGUUUCUGGGGGGUCUGCAGGAAGCAUGGGGCCAUCAUGUAUUUAUAGCCCCACUUUGUGCUGCUCCCCGUUUCUGCCUCCGCACAAUAUCUGUGCUUCCUCAGAAGUCUGCCGCUGGAAGUGCUGCUGCCCGUGAACCUUCAGGAAGCGGAGGACCCAUCUCCCUUUAAUAAAGUGUGUGUGUGCUGCAGAAAAUGACUUCUUGGACCACAAGAACAAUCAUGGAUCUCUUAACCCUGGCCCUUAACAGUGGCCAAAGAUCCCGUCGGCCUAGUCCUUGGUCCUGGAUGCUUUGAAAUUCCAGCAGCAGUGCACUUCAUGCUGCUGAACGUCACUGGUGAAUUGGUGGCCCUUCUGCUGAAAGGAGAGGCUCGCUUAGUGGAAAAGGGGGGGUUUCUCAGAUCAUAACGUGAGUCACUUCAGUUUUCUUUCAAGAAACCACUUUAGACUACAGUUUCCAGGUGUUGCCCCCCAGAUGUGUCCAGCCAGGCAAAGCAGGGCUCAGUCUCCUCACAAGCCCGUGGACAGUGUGACUGUCAUGGCAGGAUUUCCAUGUCGCACUGUGAUCUCAUCAGGCUCUCUGCUCUGUUCCACAACCUGCCCUCCCCCUCCCCUCCUCCUCCCCCUUCUCUGAGUCCUCAUCUCUUGAUCCCACAUAGGCUCAGUCUUGGGAAUACAGGCUACAGGCUUUGGUGCAUUGCAGCAUUUUCCCCCAGCAGCUACGUGAAGGGUGCAUUUUCUGAACUAUGGGGAAUUUUAUCAAGGGAGCGCCUACUCAUGCCAUAUAUUAUUGCCUUGGACCACGUAUGAUGUCUUUCCCUGCACUAAAAUGUAUGUUUUCUUUUGGUACUUAAGGGUCUCCUACAAGGAGCCGGUCCUUGCGGACCAAGGAAGUGUAAAAGAUGCCCGUUCUGGUCAUCGCCCCCGCCCUGGGCAUUUUCUCCGAGGAAAGCCUUAGAACAUCAGACAGUCUGAUGAGGUUGUUGGCCCUGCUCCGUGCCCCCGGCAGAACCGCAGAACCGUCUAUGCCUCCUGCUGCCAAGCUGCCGGGCGGCAAAGGCGGAGCUAAUCGCAGCCCACCUCCCCCGAAGGCACACGCCACGCCUCACGCUUAGCUUUCCUCUGACCCACCCCUGGCCUUCUAACAGGUUCAGAAUAUGUCGAGCCCUUUAGGAUUCACUAAAUGAAUGGCUUCCCCACUGAAGAAGUUAGGCUUUGACUCGAUACCUCUCAGUAUAUCCAAAAGGAGUUCCUCUGGAACCCACCAACCUGCUCGUUACUCGGGUUUCUCUAGGGCGAUUUCGGCAGGAAGUCUUUAAAACAGCCCCACCUGAAUGGAUGCCAAUACUGUCACCACCUGGCACGAUCGCCGUCCAGAUCCCCCGGGGCCUCUGCAGCCUGGCGGUGCAUCUGUGCCCUCUCUGUGUGGUCGAUGCUUGGGGAGUAGAUAAUGUUUUCCAAUGGCUCACUGCUAGUGCGUGGGGCGUGUCUGUCCCCUGAGAUGCUGUGUGAAGGAAGCACACUGAGGGAGGGACGAGGAGGAGGCGGAACAAGGAUUUGGUCCUCUCGCGCCAGGGACCUGUUGGGAUUGUGAUGGCAGGAAGUCUGCAGCCCAGCCAUUUGGGAAGGAGACGGUCUGGACAGUCAAUAAAUGUCAAACGAAACAAAAGGGCUCGCUCACCCCCAAGACAGCCAGCUUCUUGAGAGGCGAGGGGUGAGGUUUUGGGGUGGCAGCCCCAUCAGGGGCGGGGGCAGCAGCCUUCUUAGCACUUAAGACACAUAUUAACAAAAAGAUCCAAAAGCACUGGCCACACAAAGGGGCUUUCUUGACACCGCACAGUAUCUGCAGAUCAUAAAUUAAAUUGGAUUUGCUUAGUCACGUGACCUCAAAAGAAGUCGGACACAUCUAAUCCAGGAAUAAGUUUCAUUUAGGGGAGAAAAUGUAAAUACCAUUUGCUUUUCAGGUUAGAUUGGAAUGCAGGAGUUUUCAGUAUUUUAUUUUUAACACGAUCACUGAAGAGUAUUUAUGUAAACAUAUAAGGGGUGGGGGCUCCGAUCAGGGUGAUGUAUGGGACAGGUUCUCUUGCUGUGCUGCAAACAUGUAAAAUAAAGAUUCUAUGACGAAAA